CCGCUGCUCACCAUAGCAACCGGGACGUCAGCGUCGACCGCCAGCCACCGCAGCCGGCAGAGCGGUGGGGAAGAACCGGGGCACCCAGCGGCCACCCCGUCGGGGCCACGGGGCCGGGGCGGGAGCCGUGCCGCUGUCCGCGGUGCUGACGGGAGAGGCCGCGACGGGGCGGGGGAGGAGGGAAUAGCGCGAGUCAGCAGCCAGCCCUGCCGCACGUCGUUUUCCCUUAAAGUAGAGGGGCAUAAUAAUCCACCCCUCCUUCUAUUGGAUUUGCAAGUGGCCGGGCACAGAUGUGAACAUACUGCGUGUUCUUCAAUAUGACUUCACUUGGGAUUAUAAAAGGAAGAAGGACGAGACCAGGACUUCUGGGAUUAUGCUUUGGAACAGAGCCCAAGCAGGAGACAUGACUGUCGUGUUUGACCAUAGUACAGACAACAACAACGUUUCUUUUGUUCUCCCUACAUUAUUGUUUCUGCUGCAGAACAAAAGCUACCCCAAGACCUCCCUUCCUGCAGCUGACCAUGAGAUGACAGAGUCACCCCAGGAGCCCAGGCCAAGCAAGAACCGCACUGUUUUGCAGUAUGAGUUGAAGCCAGGGGAAAUUGUAUCAGCCAGCAUGGUUUUUGGAGUACUGUGGAUAAUUUCCAUCUUUGGAAACUCCCUCGUUUGCUUAGUGAUCCACAGGAGCAGGAGGACGCAAUCAACUACCAACUAUUUUGUUGUCUCCAUGGCUUGUGCAGAUCUUCUCAUCAGUGUUGGAAGUGCACCAUUUGUGCUGCUUCAGUUUACAGCAGGCAGGUGGACACUGGGGAAUGUGAUGUGCAAACUGGUAAGGUAUAUUCAGUAUUUCACUCCUGGAGUCCAGAUAUAUGUGCUCCUCUCCAUAUGUGUGGAUCGAUUCUACACUAUUGUCUACCCACUGAGCUUCAAGGUGUCAAGAGAGAAAGCCAAGAAAAUGAUUGUAGCAGCUUGGAUCUUUGAUCUUGCAUUUACGUCACCCGUUUUCUUUUUCUAUGGCUCCAAUGAGGAUGACCAUUGCAACUUUUUUCUCCCAGGUUCUUGGGAAGGAGCCAUCUACAGUAUUAUCCAUCUCUUGGUGGUGUUUUUGACCCCAUCCAUCCUCAUUAUCCUAUUCUACCAAAAGGUCAUUAAGUACAUUUGGAGAAUAGGCACUGAUGGCAGGACUGUUAGAAGAACAAUGAAUAUUGUCCCAAGAACGAAAGUGAAAACAAUCAAGAUGUUCUUAAUAUUAAAUUUAGUGUUUCUCCUGUCCUGGCUCCCAUUUUAUGUGAUACAACUGUGGCACCCAGAGGAAACAGACUACAGGAAAAGUUCCUUGAUUUUCAUGGCUGUCACGUGGAUCUCUUUCAGUUCUUCAGCUUCUAAGCCAACCCUGUACUCAGUGUAUAAUGCAAACUUCAGAAGAGGGAUGAAAGAAACGUUUUGCAUGUCCUCCAUGAAAUGCUACAGAAGCAAUGCAUACACCAUCACCACCAGCUCAAGGAUAGCAAAAAAAAAUUAUGUCGGGAUCUCAGAAAUCCCAGCACCAGCCAAAACUGUAACCAAAGACUCAAUCUAUCAUUCAUUUAACAGAGAAGCAAAAGAAAAAAAGCUUGCCUGGCCUAUUCAUUCAAAUCCUCCAAAUACAUUUGUCUAAUUGGCUUAAUAUAUUUGAAUGGUGAUUAUGUACCAUCAGAACAAAAAACUUGAUCUCCUUUUUGAACCAAUGUAAACACACUUGUUUUUACAACAACUUUUAGAGAGAGAGAGAAAAAAGAUAUUUUAUUAAAUGCAUUGAUUUUGAUGUAUCUAGUCUAUGUAAUUUCAGCUACAUUUUUCUCCUGUAAGUACUCUCCCUGAAUCACAAGCAUAUUUGCUUUUUUACAAAAAAAGCAAAGCUCUUGCAUUUUCUGUUUGUAGGGAUAAAAGGGAGAAAAAAUACCACUGCAUUUUUAAUCACUGUACAUUGACCACCAUGUUUAAAUAUAAAAAUACACCCAAAGACAUCUCUACAGCCUUUUGUUAUGCCCCUAAGAAUAUUGUUGCACUAGGGUUUUCCUUCUUGUUCAGACCCCAUGGCUAAGAGAUUUUUGUAUGUGGUAAUGCUGGCAAAACACUGAGCUGAUUGAAUUCAGCUAUAAAAUUUCCACUGCCUCUGUAGAGUCAGCAUUGAGUGCUUUUGCAUACUCAGCAUUGCACUUGUAGAGAGAUGUAGUGGUAGAAGCAGCUUGAGAAAAGUCCUACCCCAUGUAUUACCCUCCCCAACUCCUCUCUAGCCGUGUCUACACCCACGCUGAUGUGCCUGAUGAGCAGCCACAGCAGAAGAGGAGCAGCAUCACCUGAUCUGACCUCACCACCAAAAGUCCCCAGGCAAUGGCAAAAUGCAGUGGGAAGCUCCAAAGUUACUUCCCCAGUGCUCAGCAACUGGUUUGGAACCAAAAUGCAAAGAACAAAAUUCCUAAGCCAGCCUAGGAGGCGCUUGGCUAAUUGUGCAGCUUGAGCAUCUUGAGCUAAAAAAAAAGGGACACGUUUACACCGUGGACAUGUAUACCAUGAAUUCAUUCAUCCUUGAUAUUUACUUUUGACGUUUGCUUAAUCUGAGAUACAGAUCCACUCUUCCCAUUAGGAUUAGGUAACACUACUCUCAGUUAUCUGCUAAGAUUUACAAGACUGGAUCAUUAAAUCCACAGGAGAAUGAAGAGGGGCGUAUUUUUGAAAACCAGUCUGAAAUGGGCAGCCUUUACAUCAUGCUGUUAUCAAACCCAUUAAGAAGAACUGGAAAGAGCCUGCUUGUUUGAUAUUGAUUUAUUUUCCUAAUUCCUCUUCUACUGCCCAAAACUACAGCAACUCAGAAAGCAUCAUAGAUAACAAAAUAAGGUCAGCACAAACAGCAUUUGGUGAAUUCCCCUCACUCUGAUGGAUCAGUGUAUGCACUUUACCUCAGCCUGGAAAGUUCCUGUGUUGUCUUAUAACAUGAACAAGAGAUUCUUGCUGGCUUCAGACCAGCAGUCCUGUUAUUUCUUUUCCACACCAAAGAUUUUCAUCCUACUGUUAUUUCCAACACAGAAACUGCUUCAGACGAGGCUCUGCUUGGAUCAUCAUAAUGUACCAGCUAGGGUACAGCCCAGUAUCUUAAAGAUCAGAUUACCAACAUGCAUUUCAGAAUCAAGUCAUCCCAAAAGCAUUGUGGGUUCUUUGACCUUAGGCGUUCAACUAGGCAGAAGCCAGCUACAGGGCAGAAAAUAACAUGCAAACAUCAGAUAUCCCCCUUCACACACCCUAUUUCAGAAUCUCCAUCUUUGAAAAAUGCAACCUCAGUCACAAACUCUUCAGAGAAUAAUUCUUUUUCUACUGAUUUCAGAGCAAAUGUAGCACAACCUGAGGCCUGAAAGUCCUGCAGUAACAAAAGAUAAUAGAACAAGAGCAGUAAGUACUAAGGGUAUAUUAACCACAGUCAUGCAUCUCCCCUUCCGAUCAGCAGAGAGCAGAAGCGCAUGUAUUGUUCAACCCCGGGUGACAGAAGUGGCCUGGAUGGACUGUAGUGCUGGAAUACUGUGUAGGGAAACUCCUUUGUUGAGUAAUAUUCCUGCAUGUAUUUUAGACAUUUUCCUUCCCCCUACUCUACCACGCUGUGUGGCUAUAAGAACCCUUACUGCUUGCGGGAACAUUUCCUGUAUGUGUUUCACAAAUUCAGAAAUCCCCAUUAAAUGAAGAUUAGACAUUUCUCAUCAAAGUCAUUAGCAAAAAUCCCCAUGUUCUAGGAGAGGAGAGGGCCUUAAAAAUGAGACCAUUUUAUUCCACGUGGUUCAUUUUUCCAGGCAAAUUUUUUCUCCCUGAGAUAGCAGCAUGUGCUGAUAAGGAGCAGGGCUCAGAUCAUUGCCGCCCUGUGCAGGGACUGCUGCCUCAGACUUUCUGCAGUAAAAUAAGGGAGGAAGAGGUGAAACCCACCUCUGAGAUGCCAAAACCUUCCUUGAGACAAAAAGUCUGGCAGACAUCAUUUUGAAUAUGAAACUAGAGGAAUGCUUAGGUGUGAAGCCAGAGACUUUCAUAUAUCUGCUCCUCUUCCGAACUUGAACUAUUUCCCCACCUUCCAGAAGCUGUAAAGAAGCUAGAGGAGCAGUGAUGUGCCUGAACAUCAGGUACCCAUGCUCACAUGGAACCCCUUCCUCUCCCUGUCCCACCAGUCCUGCACAUUCUUGCCAACCCUUGUCCUCUUGAUGUUCUGGGAGCACCGUGCCCCAGACAAGGCUGCCUCCACACUCCUGGCAGCUCCCAUCCUCCUUAGGCAGGGAACACCAGGCCACAGGUAGCUUUGUGCCACUGCCAUAGGAGCUAAACAUGGCAUUGUGCUGUAGUAGGGCUGAAGGUGGAAAAUACUUGGCAGCUUGAUAGAUGCUGACUUUGUGCCAGCACAAGAAGAAACCUUUUCCACAUCUUAUUUUUAUAUUUUAUUUCUAUUUUUAAAGCAUUAUUUUAUUGGCUUGGUAACACCAGACAUCAUGUAUCACUUAGUCUGCCAAUGCCCUAGGAGUUCCAGAGACUCAGGAGGGAGAUCAUGCAUUAGCCAAAAAAGAAAUGGAAAAUGCACUGAGAUUUGAUCAAUAUGUAUCUGUCUAUCUAGAUGUCUAGAUAUCUAUAUCUAGAAAUCUUUCCACACUUCUUCAAAAUUCCUUACUACCAACAGCUGCUUUGCCAAUAAAAUUAC